CGCCAGGUACUUUUUAAAUAUAUAUGCAUAUAUUAAUAUCCUUGGUGACGGAUUUAUUCAUAAAAGCAUAUCGCAAACAACUGUAAGAAGAGCUGGAUCUCCUUUUUUUGGUAAGAGUGUGCCCCCAUGCUGAUUAAAAGUAGAGUUCGGUGAGUUCUGCCCGUAAGUUUGGAAAAAUGGCCAUCAAAUCGUAAAAUAUUUACCCAGUAAAUUUUGAAUCGCUACCCAAAAACUCAAAUUUGGAUUCUGGAGAUACAGUCCACAGUGUUUGUACAUAUAAUCUGAAUAAUGGCCUCCCAGCCUAUGUGUAGAAUAUGCGCCAUAUGUUUACCAGACGAUGGCAGCGCCUGCAGCUUGUUUAUAAAAGACACUACUUUUAUGCGACAACGCAUCGAAUUGCUUACAGGUGUAUGGCUCGAGGAUCUACCCAAUAUGCCACAACAUAUUUGCAUAUCGUGCUCCUUUGAUUUGGACCAAGCGGCUGCCUUUCGUGAACGAUGCAUCAGUACACAAGUUCUGUUGUCUGGGUACACGAAUAACGUAUUUUUUUGCGAGCUACAAGCGGAUGAAAGCAGAAAAAGUGGAAAAGCUCGCCCAUAUAAAGGAGAAAUCUUAACAUCAUCGGAAGAAGAGGACGACGACGCGACGUCAGAGGAGGAAAAUAUAAGUGACGACCCUUCUAUGCGUGCCAUUCUCAAAACCUAUGAAAGUAAAAAGUGGAUAAAAGCGUGCCAAAGCAAAAAGUCUAAACGUAGACCUGAUAAGAAUAAACAAUUUACAUGUGAAUUAUGUGAGCGCAAAUUUGAUGAAAAAGAUUUGCUUCUAUUGCAUAUUAGUACGGAUCAUGAGGGCGCGAAGCCGGAAUUGUGCCAACAUGAAGACUGCAAUAUGCAAUGUACUCAUGAGAAACCUGAUUCAGAACGUCGCUAUAAAUGUUUCUACUGUGAAAAGAGGUUUAUCCAUAAUGCUCAUCGUGUCGUCCACCAUAGAGUGCAUACAGGAGAGCGGCCGUAUAUGUGCGAGACUUGCUUUAAGUCGUUUAAGCGGCGAGACCAUUUACAAAGACACAAAUGCAGACAACAAAAACUCAAGGAGUUUGAAAUAAAAUACGCAAAUGCUAAUCCUAAAAAGAAGGACCCGCAAUCAGAGAAUGCUGAACGGUUCGCGUGCGAAAAAUGCGAUCGUAAAUUUUAUAAAAAGAGCUUGGUUCAAUUCCACAUACGCACAGAACAUGAGGGUGAACUACCGUUUGUUUGUCGGAUUGAAGGUUGUAAUAUGAAAUUUAAAACUAGUAUGAUGAGAUGUGAUCACGAAAGAAAACACACUGAGGAGCUUCCCUACAAAUGUUUGUAUUGCGAAAAGAGAUUUAGAUACCAAGGAGGCCGUACAGAGCACCAUAAGGUGCAUACAGGAAAGCGAGCAUACAGAUGCGAAAUAUGUAACUUUUCGUUCCGACGGAAACAAAAUUUAGAAAGACAUGAGCGCGGACAAAGUCAUAAAGUUAAAGUGAAAAUGGCUCAUUCCGGACGCGAAGCUUUUCUGUCCACAGUCAAGCCUCAAAAUAAAUAAGAUCUCGGAAAUAAAAAUUAUUAUUAUUUCGCCGUCCAAAAAAUGAAAUGAAAAAGAACAUGAAUAUAGAUUUAAUUAUGUAUAUGUUAAGUAUACACCAAAGAAUAAAUACAUGAAAAAGCAAGUACGUACGAUAGCUCCGAUCUCCGAGGCUUAUGUACCAUUGGAAAUGUA